UUUUGCGCAAGCGUUAGUAUGACUUCCGGUUAUCUGUAACAUUUUCCAAAUAUUCAAGGAAAAAGACGUAAAAUGGCUAAUAUUGCCGAACAACGAAUUCGUCGGGAAUUCAAAGAAGUUGUUAAAAGUGAAGAAGUAGCAAGAUGUCAUAUAAAAGUAGAGCUAGUUAAUGACAAUUACACAGAGUUGAGAGGCGAAAUAAUUGGCCCACCUGAUACUGCAUAUGAGGGCGGCACAUUUAUUCUGGAAAUAAAAAUCCCGGAUACAUACCCAUUUAAUCCACCAAAGGUAAAAUUUUCAACAAAAAUAUGGCAUCCAAAUAUAAGCAGCGUUACUGGAGCAAUUUGUCUAGACAUUUUAAAGGAUCAGUGGGCUGCAGCAAUGACUCUUAGAACUGUACUGCUGUCAUUGCAAGCUCUUUUGGCAGCGGCAGAACCUGAUGAUCCACAGGACGCUGUUGUAGCUAAACAGUACAAGGAAAACCUACCCAUAUUCCAACAGACUGCCAGACACUGGACUAGUGCAUAUGCUGGAGGUCCAAAUAAAGAAAAAGAGCUGGAACAAAAAGUAGAACAAGUAAAAAAUAUGGGCUUUGACGAGCAUAAAGCACGAGUAGCUCUUUCAUCGUGCAACUGGGAUGCAGAGAGGGCAACAGAAUCUUUACUAAGUUCAUAACCUGUGAUAGUUCUAGCUUCUUCAAAUUGUGUACUUGGACGAUUAUAACCCUCUUCAUGUGCUCACAAACCUUUCUAAGUGGAGAGGUCCAUAAUCAGACAUUUGGCCAUGUGUUAACUAAUGUUAGUAGUCCAAACUUUAAUGAUAAAAGCUUGUCAUGAACAUUAUGAAAUAAGUGGUCGAAAUAAGCAUUAUACUGAAAGACUUACACUAGUAUUUGCACUAGUAAUUUUUGUUGGGAUUGUAACAAUUUUUUAAGCAGUAGUGAUUUUGUAAGACUUCUGGCAUUUUUUUGUCCAAAAAUGUUAAUUUCGAUGACUGAAAAACAUUUUACACUGUUAAAUGGAAUGUUUUACUGAUGAUGGAUAUACAUUUUUGUAAUUUUAAUAUGGUCUAUGGAGCACAUACAUGUAUUGUUGAAAGAUAAGCAUUAUAACACCCAUUGUAUCAUGAAGUGGAAUUUGGUUGUAUCAAAGCUAUCAUUAGGCCAUUUUAGGCUCUUGGAGUCUCCUGCCUCACAACAAUGAGCUACAGCUGUAUUCAAUCAGUUUCAUUCAUAUUUCGGAGUAGGAUGUCUUUGUUUUUGCAACAGCUUGUGUCCAGUUAUCGGUGACAUUGGUACACAGUAACCUGAAUUAUAUUAUAAUAUAGUGUUAAUAUAUAAGUCCACAAUGAAUUAUUAGCUUGUUUUGGCAUUUCCUGAUCAACUGACCAAAGGACUCACGACACCAACGUGUUUUUAGCCUCUCCGUUUUUUCACGGAUUUCACGGUUAGGAUGUAAAGAAGAAACUCAAGAAAACCUACCUACCUACAGGGAAAUGUCAAACAAACUAUUUAGUGUGGCCUAAGCAGCUAUUGAUUUCAUACACCAACUAUGGAUGGAACUGAGCUCACCAAAGCUGGUCAUAACUGAUAUGAUGCUUAAAACUGCAUUUCGAUUGCCCACGAUAAUAAAUUUCUUUGUUUAACAAAACAAUACAUUAAAUCCAAGUCUGAUUUGCUUGUCAUCAUCAUUUGACUGUUAAAUCUUUCCAUUGGUUUGAUAGCUAUGAAUAUUCAUAUCAGUGUGGUUGAACUUCAUCUCACUUCAGCAAAAAAUAUUAGGGUACAUAUGUUGUGAAUGAAAAUUUAAAGCAUGAAUUGGGUAAAGUAUAAAUCUUUUUACUUCUUUAUCUGCCAAAAAAAUAUUUCUUCUUCAGCGGUUUAAAAUGUUCCGUAACACACUCUUUUCAUUGGACUGUAUGUUAUUUUUUUGUAAAGAAUAUAAGCACACAUGUAUAUAAAUUAUGAUCUUAUCUAACUUUUCUUACAUGUAAAACAAAUCAGUUAUUAUGUGUGUUUAAAUGUAAAAAAUGUAAACAUAAUAGCUUUUAAGCAGUCAUGUGAUAUGCAUCUCAGAUUUGCAGUUUACAUUGCUAUGUUAAAUAGUGUUCGUGAUUGUCAGCCAUUUUGCAAAACUGUACAUGGCUUACAUGCAUUCUGCAAGAAAAAUAAACGUAUUUUGUGAGAAAUAUGCCUUAAAGAAUGUCUACAUUAAGCCUUAUUAAAAAAUUGUUUGUUUGGCUCCUCCCAAACUGACUUGCAAAACUAUCGGCGCCUCAAAAUUUUAUCCGGUGGCCAUAAGAAUAUGUUGCAAUAAUAAAUUGCAAUAUGAAAUGAAUGGGUUAGGAACAGAAUAGGAAAGUUUUAAAGUGGUUCGGGAAAUGCCAAACAAACUAUUUAUUAAUAUCGGCCUUGUUAAAAAAUUCUGCAUGCCAAAUUAUUUUAUUAGUGUUGCCUUGAAUCCUGAUGCCAGGCGAGCAAGCAUAAAAAUGACGUGUCCAGGGAUUCUUCAGUUUUGGAUUUAUCUGCAAAUCAGUAUUGAUAGCUUUUAACUUAAAACUAUUGUACAGUUGAAAAUAUUGUUUUUGGGCUUGCUUAUAUGCAUAAAAAAAAGAAGGAAGCAGUCGUGCCUGUACUGGAAACUUUUUCAAAAGGUUUCUAAGCCCCUUCACCCUGCCUAUUGGCAUGAAUCCCUGGUUCUCCAACAGAACCCCGGCUAUUUUUCUGGAUUGUCAAUUUUCAGAUGCUAGAACCCCAGAUGUCCUUGAGAUAUUUUCGUAUGUUUGGACUUCUGAUUAUUUCGAGACUGCUAACAUUUGAUAUGUAAACCCUGUUUACUAUCUUGGUGCAAUUUUAGUGCUUUAUAUUUAAGAGAUUGUUGUAUGCAAAGAUUGAACCAAUAGAUAUUUAUGUACAUGUAAACAUUUUUAUGGAAGUAAAUAAUUAUUAACCCUAGUUUUUAUUUGUCACCUGGGCCCCAUUUCAAUAAAGAUAGAAAGGCUUAAGGUUGUAAAUUUCUUGCCUUAACACUGGUUUUGGCAUAAGCUGUGUUUCCAAAAAAAUAUUGUAAGGACAUUUAUCGCAAAGAUUCUGCUCUAAACUUGAGCCUGUUUGAACACAUAGGCUGUGUUUUUUGUUUUAAAUUAAAGUUUACACAAUUCAAGAUUCCUUUUUACAAUUAUCAUACAAACAUAAUUAGAAUGAUGUAUUUUUUUGCAGUUUUAAAUGUUCUUGAAAUUUGCAUUGUGAAAAUGCAUUCAUUUAUUCUUUUUAAAUAUAUAAUAAGUUUGCUUUCAAUUUUUUUAUUGCUAUCAGUAAAACAUAAUGUGCAAAUAAGGAUUCCAAUACACAUUUUAGAAAUUCUCUGGAAUCUAUGAUUUUAAAGCUUUGUCCUAGUUUGAGUACUUUCAGAUCAUCUGCUGUCUGAGUAACACAUGUAUCAAGUUUGUAAAUAUUGAAUUGAAUGCACUCAUGAUUGAUUUUGAUGCACGUUAGUAUUAAGAAAUUGCAGAGGUAUCGAUAUAUUUUUAUCAUGAAUUUGAUUGAUUAAACAUCACAUGUCAUCAUUCAGUGUAGCCUAAAUACAUUGUGCUUGCUUAAAUUUGAUUUUAUUAUCCAAACUAUUGUUUAUUAUGAUUUUCAAUAAAUGAUUUCCUGUAAAGGUCUUUAAACACUUCGAAGGGACUAGCUCAUGGUUUGUAAAAUGCACUUUUUACACACUCUAAAAUCAAUAAAGUGUGGCAAAUCAUUUGUAUUGCCAAAACUAAGAUACUGACAGCUGGAACCCUUCAACAAAUGUUGAAUUUCCUUCAAAUUUUUUCUUUGAUCACCACAAUUUUGAAUACCGUUUGUAACACAAUUCAGCUAAUUAUUGUAUCGUGAUUGGUCAAUGGAUAUUAUCAUGUGAUGUUUCCAAUGUAUAUGAUAAAGGUUAAAACAUACAUAAGAUUUUGUACAAAUCCUUGAGGUUGAUAGGUUAAGGCGUCAGAUUUCUAUUUUUUUCUUGAUAUAAAUAGGAAAAUUCUGUAACCCAGCCAAUAUUUCGAUGUAAAAAAGAGGAUCUCAAGGUUUAUGUACAAUGUUAUAAAGAUUAUCAGUCCUUCACUUUGAAAGUGGAAAAAAGUUUCAAUCUCACACUACGGUACAGUUGUAAAGAUUUUUUCUUGCUGAGCAGUUCCAUUAAGAAUAAUAAGAAGAAACUUAAAACAAAUAAUUAUAUUAAUGACCUUAAAAACAAAUUUUAACAGGAGUUGAAGCCCCUAAACCCUGGUUUUGGACACCAUAUCCUUCAUACUAAAAUUAAAUUUUCAGGACUUGGAUUUUCGGUCAGUCAUCUUCCCUGGUAAAAAGAAUUUUGGUGUUAAUUUCCUCCUAUCCUUGUUUUACACAUGGCCAGUUUUGUCACCGUUUUCAGUUGCCUACAUUCAUGAGUCAUCCCCACUUUUCUAAGAAUCAUGGCAUCAUUUUUAGCUUGUCUAGGUUGUUUUGGGAGAAAAAAGGUCUAGUUAUUGUCAUGGAAUUGGUAUCUGAGUCAUCACCUGUCUAGUGCAGAAAACUUAAACCUUGGCUAUUAUAACCAAAAACUGUUAUGUUCAGUUCACAUGGAAGUUUGUACAUAUGCUACUAGAGACAUUAUGUAUAUGUGGAGCAAGGCCCAUAAAUCUUUCUUUAAUAAAUAUCAAGUAAUAUCAAGUAAUGACCCUUGAUAGUUUGAAAUGGCAUACAGAAACUUGAACUAUACCAUAACUUAAUAACUGUUAAUGAUAAUCUUAUGAAACAUUUAAUACUUGUGAUUUGUAACAAUAUGCACAAUUGUAUAAAGGCUAACUACUACUCUGACUGAAUUAAUUAUCGAGUUCAUAAUGCCCCUUGAAAAAUUGAAAAAAAGUAAUGGAAAAUCUGUAACUUGACUUAAAAUAAUAGUUGUUAAAAAUAUUCACAUGAAAUUGUAUUCACAAUUUUUUAGUGACAAAAUGCUCAUUCCUAGCCAGGGUAUGACAAGGGCAUUAGUAAUUGACCAGUAAAUCAUCUUAUGGAGGAAAAACAAACAAACAAAAAACAGACUCUUGUUUGCAUUCUCUCUGCAGCGCUCUUGUUUCAGUGUGGAUAUUUUUUGCAUGUUUUUGUAUAAGCAUAAGCCUAAAAAAAUUGCUCCAUUUUUUCAGAUGUCAUAUUUCAUGUAUUCACAAAGCACAAAUCAUUUUGAUGAUUUAAUUUUACUGACAUAGCAUAACAUGAAAGAUCCAGUAACCAUCAAGGGUCAGAAUAAUUCCAGAACAAUCUGAAUAGUACCUGAUACAUAUUGUUAAUGUCAAUUAGCAUACUAUAGCAGUGAAUUUGUAGCUAAACCCUGCUAAUUUUGAUGGUGAUGACUAUGGGUUUUUUAAGGUAAUAUAUGCUGAAAUUAUUUCAAAGAAAAUGGUUUUCACAAAUGUAAAUGCAUGAGUCCAUCCUUUUCUUGGUUUCACACAAUGUCAUGUAUUUUUAGUGAUGGAACAUUCUUAUUACUUGUACAAUAAGAACGUUUCGCACAUGAACCUUCCUAUUGUGUGAUACAUGACCAUUUUGAUUAAUCUGUAUGCUAUUAAAUUGAAAUAUAUGACA